AUGGAUUUGGCGGACUUUGAAUUGUCGCAAGAAGAUUUGCAAGAGAUUGAGACUUUGGAGUUCAACGCACUUCAGACAUCGUUCAGGGACAUCAGUAGCGACGAUGAGUCUGAAAAUUUACAUGUUCCGAAGAAAAGAAGACGUAUGGUUAUCAAUUCGGACAGUGAAAGCGAUUCAGUAAAAGAUUUUGUCCUACAAAAUUUACCUACUUCUUCAAACACGUACACAAAAUGGAAGAACCCUACUGGAUGCACUGCUCGAGUGAUACCCUUCACUGAGCCCACAGUUGACGAUUCCUUGUUUGAAAUAAUUGCUGAACAAAGUAACCUGUUUGCUACGCAAAGCUUUGGAGAUAAAGAUUUCAAGCCAUGUUCUCGCUCACAUACAUGGCAGCCAACCGAUAAGCAUGAAAUAAAACGAUUUUUUGGACUAAUUUUAUUCAUGGGCCUUGUGAAAUUGCCAUCAAUUAGUGAUUACUGGAGUACAGAUGACAUAUUUCAACAACCGUUUCCUCGCACAGUGAUGACUAGGAACAGAUUUGAAUUACUUUUACAGUACCUACACUUUGCCGACAAUUACAACUUGAAUCCGAACGAUCGCAUUGGAAAAAUCAGGUAUCUUGUGAAUUUGUUAAAUGAUAAAUUUAAAGCCUACUAUGCCCCUAAAGAAGAACUGUGUGUCGACGAAAGUAUGAUUCCUUUUAGAGGUCGAGUCACUUUUCGACAAUAUAACAAAUCUAAAAGGCACAAAUACGGUAUAAAAUUGUUUAAAGUUUGUACAAAUCCUGGUUAUACUUUAAAAAUACAGGUAUACAGUGGAAAAAAUAUUGAUAUUGAGAAUAAUACCCCUACAAAAAUAGUAUUAUCCCUGUGCGAUGAACUCUUGAAUAAAGGCCACACCAUUGCCACUGAUAACUGGUACACCAGCUUGGAACUGGCGUACGAAUUACUAAAAAACGAUACACAUUUCCUGGGGACAGUGAGAAAGAACAGAAAGUACUUGCCUACGAAAGUAGUAGAAACUAAUUUAAAACGAGGUGAAUUCGUAGCACAAGAAAACGAUUGUGGCAUCACAGUAUUAAAAUGGAAAGAUAAAAGAGAUGUUUUAAUGCUGUCUACAAAGCACACGGACAAAUUUACUCGAUUAAAUGUCAGAGGCAAGGCGGUGCAAAAACCAGCAAUGGUUAUUGAUUAUAACAAAUGUAAAGCUUCAGUCGACAUGAGUGAUCAGAUGACAGCUUAUUCAACUCCACUGAGAAAAACUGUCAAAUGGUAUAGAAAAUUGGCCAUAGAAUUGCUCUUGAAUACAGCUGUGGUAAAUGCGUUGAUAAUGUAUAAGGAAACCACUAAGAAAAAUAUUUCAGUAGUAGAUUAUAGAAAAAAUCUCGUUCAAUAUCUCACUAAAUCAGGACGUCCAGAAACAGGUAACUUGGCACUUGAAUUACGUCCAAAACGACGAAAACAUGAACUUGUCAAAAAAGAGGGACCUGUACGCAAAAUGAGACGAUUUUGUGUCGGCUGUUACAAGAACAAUGUAGAAAAGAUGUCGAGAAAAGACGCAAAAAAUAAGACCCUGAAAGUGCCUACCUAUUGUUUGCAGUGUGAUGGUCAGCCACAUUAUUGCCUGCCAUGUUUUAAUAGAGAGCAUCGAACGUAA